UUCCGCCGCUGCUAGUUCCACGACGAUGAGUGGCUCGUGAGAGCUAAAUAAUAACUCAAAGGCGCCGGUACAAGACAAGGAAAAGGGAGAACAGAAUCGGUUCCAGAAAUUUUCUUCGGUCUCGUACCCUCGUCUAUCUUAGUCGUCGGAGCUGUGCCCCAGCGGCGAAGUUGAAUAGUACUGAAGCCCGAUUUCGUGGGGAUUCCACUCGGCUUCGAAAUGACUUUGAUACACUUCCUGAACUGUUUAUCGCUCGCCGCGGUGCCUUACGUAAUUACUUACAGACUAUCAGGUUUAUCGGAGCACGGCUGCUUUUGGAAGUGUGUGCAGGCAGCGAGUUGCUAUGCUGUUUGUCAACUCGGGAAAAUGUUAUUCUUAGCUACGUUUGUAAUUGACUCCGUGCCAUACUACGGAGAAGCUCUCCGACAUUCUAUGGAAGUACUCGAUUUGGUCGUGCUCCAGACUGUCAUGAGCAGAGGGGGUGUCUACGGAGACCUUCGCUUCCUUGUAACCGGCUUCAGUUGGGCUGCCGCAGAGUUCAUCUUCACCAGACUCCUGCCUUUCUGGGUGGGGGCCCGAGGCGUAGAGUUUUCCUGGAGAUAUCUGCAAAUGGCCCUCGACUCGAACAUCGGACUUGUAUUCCAUCUGAGCACGGCUAUACUCUUGGCGCAAUGGAAGAGCUCAGAGCGCUCAACUCCCUUGGUUCUCGCUCUGAUUCUCUUGACGUAUCGUGCAGCUCUCUUCGAUGCGUUACCUCUGGACCCCUGGGCCUUGUUGGCGGUGAAAGCUUGCGCCUCGGCCGUGAUCGGGCUCUCGGCACUCAGUUACACACUGAAUAAUAAUCAGAAGGGUUACAGUAACGUUUUCCAUUAGUGUCGGGGGCGGAAAGCCGGAAACACUCAUCGGAAACACCGAAAUCCGCCGACGAACUCCUCGAAUGGUCGAGACGAGAUUCCCAGCCCAAUAGAUCGGAUAGGAGUCCUACUUCCACUUCAAUUGCGCCAGCAUUCGUCACAUUCGAUGUUGUGCAAAGUCAUUAUUGUCAUUAUUCAGACGGUUCGACUUCCAGCGAUUCCAUUGACGAUCAAAGAAUUUUCCCAAAGCCGUAAUCUAACGAACGGAAUGAAUGUAUGAGAGUUACGGAGGGAUCCCUGUCAAAUAAAUGAGAACCAGCAGAG